AUGCGCUUUAUUACAUACCUUGUCACCAUCUCUCUCGGCGCCAUGAGCGUCCUCGCCGAAUCAAAAGCUCGUCCGCGCUGUGCAGCAGAGGGCCGCCCUUGCAACUUUUCGGGAAAUCCUGAUCUUACGUGCUGUUCAGGACUUACCUGCAAGUGGGAGAAGAAUGAGCUUGGAAACUCGGUCCAGCGAUGCAGGAAGUGA